AUGGAUCUCGACACUCCCAUGGGUAUGGCCCCAAUGCUGGGCACAGCGCGCACUGGCGCAACCAUCUUGUGCUGCAACUGCGGCUCUCCCAUUGAUGGCACCUCUUCCGCCGGUGCCAUGUGCUACGACUGUAUCAAAUUGACAGUCGACAUCUCGAAAACCAUCCCCCGCGAAGCCCACAUCCAGUUCUGCCGUGACUGCGACCGAUGGCUGAUGCCCCCCAACACCUGGGUGGUCUACGUCGUGGGUACACAACAGUGCAAGGACUGCGCCAAGUCAUACACAGCCAACGUUUGGAGAGCGUCAGUACAAGUCCGCCAAAAGGUGCCCCACAAGAGGACCUUUUUGCUUUUGGAGCAGCUUAUCCUCAAGCACCAAGCGCAUCGGGACACGAUCAACAUCAAGGAAGAAAAGGGCGGUAUCGACUUUUACUUUGCUCACAGAAAUCAGGCCGAAGCCUUCCUUUCUUUCCUCAAAUCAGUCAUUCCCAUUUUUGUCAAGGACUCGAGGCAACUUAUUUCGCAAGACAACCACACAGGCGACAAGUCAUACAAGUUCAACUACUCCGUCGAGAUUGUCCCCAUUUGCAGAGAUGAUUUGGUGGCCCUGCCACUCAAGUUGGCCCGGUCGAUUGGCAACAUUACGCCCCUUGUCCUCUGCCACAGGAUAGGAACGUCCGUCAACCUUCUCGACCCCAACACUCUUCAGACAGCCGAAAUCAGCUCCGACGUCUUCUGGCGCGCGCCAUUCCAGCCUCUUGCAGGUACACCCGACUUGGUCGAGUUCAUUGUCAUGGACGUCGAACCAACAAACGUCCGCAAGGGCAAGUGGGUUCUGUCAGAAGUGCAAGUUGCCCGCGCCGCCGAUCUCGGUGUAAACGACCACACCUAUUUCACCAGAACUCAUCUGGGCAACCUGUUGCAUGCUGGAGACUCGGUCCUUGGUUAUAUGCUCUCGGGAACAAACUUCAACUCUUCCGCUCUGGACGCCAUUGAGAACUCUCGUGCGUUCGGGUCGACGAUUCCAGAUGUCAUUCUGGUCAAGAAGCACUACCCUAACAGGCGCAAGAACAGGAAGCGCAACUGGAAGCUCAAGCGCAUGGCCAAGGAUGAGGGCGAGUUGCUGCCCAAGGCGGCCGAUCAGGAGAAGAUGGAGGCCGAGUACGAGAUGUUCUUGCGGGAUGUGGAGGAGGAUGAGGAGUUGCGGGCCGCGUUGGCGUUGUACAAGAACACCAAGAAGAAGCAGCAGGAUGCGGACGCGAUGAGCAUUGCCGAGACGGAGAUGACGGGUGUGGAUGAUGGGCCGAGGAUCAAUAUGGAUGAGCUGCUGGAUGAUUUUGAUGAGUUGGGCAUUCAUGAUGAGUAG